AUGGCAUGGGAGGAUGCAUUUUUCCUUAUUGCUUGCCUUGAAAAAGGACGCAAGGAAGGUAUUCCCGCAUCCCUUCGGGUACACAAUCUAUUGAGGUACUCGGCCCAACGCACGGCCCAACUCCCUCAUAAAUAUGUGAAGGGCUACAGUCGAAUUGAUUCAAUUGAACGGUGCCUGCAUGCUGUUUAA